AUCAACUAUCUUGAGGAACAAGAUGGCGGAUGAACUCAGAGGUUGCUACACUUUGCAUGAAAUGUUUACAAUUGUGGGUAGCAGGAUGACCCAAAGAGACAUCAAUAUACUGAAAUACCUAUAUAAUGGUAUUAUGCCCCAAAGAAUAAUAGGAAGAGUGAAGGACGGGGUAGAAUUUUUGCUGGGACUGGAAAAGAUGAACCGUGUUGAUGAAACCAACUUUAAAUACGUCGUUGAUUUGCUUAGAAUGAUUUCUCGGCACGAUUUACUGCAGUUUGUCACUUUAAGGAAACGCAAGCCAGUUUGUCCAGAUCCUGUCACUGAAUACUUAGAGGAGUCGUCAAGACUGUCAAACAUACCAACUAACCUACCACGGGAGAAAAAGCGGAAAAGCACGGAACUGUCAUUCCAAGAUCAUAGUAAAGUCCGGAGACUAUCUCUACACAGGAAGGCAAAAUCCAGAUCUGGGUUUGCCAGUGAGUCAUCUCUCAGUAACCAGAGUGCUGAUCUGGAGACGGCUACAACUUCUGUCCAGAGUCAGGGGUCGCUUCGUGUGGAUGACAGUGACCAAGAGCUGAGUGCAAAUAAAACAAAAGUUACAUGUGAUAUUCGUUUGAGAGUGCGAGCCGAAUAUAGUGAUCAUGUGACUGCUUUAACUGGUAACGUGAACUCAAACAAAGCCACACUGUUAGAGAGACAGUUUGAGAAAUUCAUGCAGGCUACGAACAUUCUGAAAUCCCGUGAUCUAGGAUCCAUUGUGUGUGAUAUCAAGUUCACAGAACUCACUUACUUGGAUGCAUUCUGGAGAGAUUAUUUGAAUGGAUCUUUAUUAGAGGCCCUAAAAGGGGUAUUUAUUACAGAUUCCUUGAAGGAGGCUGUUGGUAACGAGUCGAUUAAAUUGCUAGUGAGUGUUGAUGAAGACGACUACGAGGCCGGGAGAUUGCUGUUGCUUGAAAACAUGAAACGAUCGCAGCAAUGCUAAACAACACUGAAAGUAACCACCAAUUUCAGACCUUGGUUGUUAUCUCAUUUGUUUAUGCAGACAAGACUUACAUCAAGUGUAUUUUGUGUGUGAAAGAAAAAUGAACACAGACUUCCAGAUCUGUUAUGUAGAAUGUUGCUUCAGUAUGUUUCCUUAGCAUAAAAUGUAGUGAAUUGUGAAUAAGAGUUGUGAGUAAAUGAAUACAUGUUUGUAAAGAUGGAUGAAUUUAUAUGCAACAUAGUUUGUAUGCAGAAUUUCUUUUUAGGAUUGUAGAAAUGUCUGCUAUCUUGAGCAUUGAUGACAUUUUUUGACAUGAUGCACGGUAGAUGAAUUUGUACAUAUUGAAAUCAUGUAAAUUACCAUUUAUUUAUUUCUGAAAGAUAUGUAAUUACAAUACAGUUUUGUAAUGUUUAUAAAAUAAACAUCUCAAACUCAAUCA